AUGAUUAAAGGAAUUCAGCCGAAAAAUUCUUCACGUACCGGGCAUCUUCCUAAUUCUCAAAGGAGUACAGACAACACUAUUUUAUAUAUUGCCGCUCUUUGUGUUGUUGAUUUUUUAAUGUCUUUAUCUUUACCUCCGGCUAUUUUGGAUAGCAUAAUUGGUUUUUGGAUGUUUGGAACCCCAAUAUGUAAAUUGCAUCACAUUUUUGGUUCUGUUGGAAGAAUUGUCUCAACAUUUAUAAUAACGGCAAUGUCUUUUGACCGUUGGGUUGCUGUUUGCCAUCCCUAUAAACGAAAAUUUCGUUCAAGAAGAUUUGUUCUUUGCACUAUUUUUGCACUUUGGUUAAUUGCUUUCCUUCUUCUUUUGCCAAUGCUUACAUAUGCUAGGGCAAAUGAAAUUCUUUUACACCAACUUCGCCAACCAGAUCCAGUAUUAGGCAUUACAAAUAUCACUCGAGUACGUGUUUAUAAAUGUUCUGAUAUGUUACCUCCACUAGUUUUUUAUUGGUUUACUUCUUCAACAUUUUUCUUGGGUUAUUUAGUUCCUCUUAUUUUGAUUGUUUAUUUCAAUUAUUGUUUAAUUCGUAAAUUAUAUAAACAUACAAAACAAUUAAGAAGUGGAAUACCUUUACGGAGAAUAACUAUUUACACUAUUUUAAUUGCUGCUUUAUAUUUUCUUUGUUGGACACCUUAUUGGUGUUCUGUACUUUAUGCUAUUUGGAUGUCUAUAUUUACUGGUGAUAAACCAACAUCAGAAUUAGUUCUUUUUAUUAUUUAUUGUGUUCAUUUACUCCCUUAUUUGGGGUCUGCUUCGAAUUGGAUACUUUAUGGGUAGGUAUUUUAAAUCACUUGGAACUCACUAUAAAACACACUAUAACUCACACACAUAUUACUAGAUCCACCUCUAUUUAGGAUACGGUUUUCAAGUUGAUUAAUCAUUGAUUGGGGGAUCAUUACGAGUGAUACCCCCUAUAUCCCAUCACUAUCAAAAUUUUCAACCUCAAACUAUAAUUAAUUAUUUUUGUUUAAGCCUUUUAAAUACACAAUUACAAAGAAGGCAACACGAACCUUCAACAUCAAUAACUACAGCAAUACAUACAAAUAUACCCCCAGAUGAAGCUAAUAGUUUAUUUAAUGA